AAAAGGGAAGAAACUUGCCGUGGAAACCAAGAUAGCCCUACUCAUUCAACCUUCUCUAUAGUAUAUAUACCAUACGAGUAUUUUUCAAUCCGGUGUGAAAGAAAAGAGUGCUACUUUUCUGAUAGAUAAAACAGAGGAAGUAAAAGGAAAGAUCGAGAUCGACAUGGAAGUAGUUGAAGAGAUGGAGAUUGUGAUAGUCGGCGGUGGGAUUUGUGGGCUUGCCACCGCACUUGCUCUUCACCGGAAGGGUAUUACAAGUGUAGUUUUGGAGAAAUCGGAGUCUCUGAGAGCUGGCGGAGGCGGUAUUGCUGUUCACACUAAUGGCUGGCGUGCCCUGGAUCAGCUCGGUAUUGCUUCUGAGCUCCGACAAACUGCCCACACUCUUCAAUUGUCAAGGAUCAUGUUUCUUGACAGUGGGAAGCAGAAAGAAUUACCCGUCUCGGAAGGGGAAGCUCGGUGUGUUGAACGGAGUAAAUUAAUUGAAUUGCUGGCUGCUCAUCUGCCGCUUGGAUCAAUUCGCUUUGGGUGUCAAGUAAUCUCAAUCAAAUUGGACACGCACACUUCAACUCCAAUCCUUCAUAUGCGUGAUGGAAGCAUAAUUAAGGCUAAGAUUGUGAUUGGAUGUGAUGGAGGCAACUCAAUCAUUGGGGAGUUUCUGGAGCUGAAGCCCCCGAAGCUUUUAUCUGCAUGUGCGUUGAGAGGUUUUACAAUUUAUCCAAAUGGCCAUGGAUUUCCCCCUGAUUUCAUUCGCCAAAAAAAGGGCCAAAUCCUGCUUGGAAGAACUCCUGUAAAUGAUACGUUGGUUUUCUGGUUCGUGGCUUCUCAAGGUUACCCUCAAGAUUCAAAUGUUUGGAAAGAUCCAGAGCUUAUUAGACAAUAUGCUCUGGAGUCGACCAAAGGCUUCCCGACAGAGAUGACAGAAAUGAUAAACGGGAGUGACGAGAAAUCAUUGUCUCUCACGCACCUGAGAUAUCGCGAGCCACAUGACGUGCUAUUCGGAAGGUUUCGGAAAGGAAGCGUGACGGUGGCAGGGGAUGCAAUGCACAUAAUGGGUCCAUUUCUUGGUCAGGGUGGCUCGGCGGGUGUUGAAGAUGCCAUCGUGCUUGCCAGAUGCUUGGCGCCGAAGUUGCAGGAAGAAAAUCUGGAAAGAAAUGGAAGGGAGAUGAUGAUGGUGCAGAAGGUUGGGGAGGGUUUGGACGCGUAUGUGAAGGAGAGGAGAAUGAGACUGGUUUGGCUGUCUACGCAAACUUAUCUCACGGGGAAAUUGUUGCUUGAUGCUUCGCCAUUUCCGAUGAAGUUGCUUAUUCUUGUCAUCGUGGUUGCUCUGUUUAGAGACCCAGUUGGUCAUAGUCGAUAUGAUUGUGGCCGCCUUUAAGACCAAUUUCCAUGCAUGGAUUAAUGCUAUUUUGUUGUUGUAAUUCGAAUAAUAUCCCUCUGUUUUCCACUUGCUGCUUGGAGGGUAAACAUAUGUUCAUAUCUUGAAUAAUGGGACAUUUUAUGUAAA